AUGGAGCUCCAACAACUUCUACCCGCCCAAAGUCCAACUUCAGACCCUGCGUAUGCAGGUACACCGCUCGAGAGGUGUUCGUCACAGCGAGUCGUUCUUCAAGAACGGUCUGCUAACUGGCCUCAAGAGUGCAACAUCACUACAAUCAUAUCAUCAAAGCCACAACACAGUCCUAUUCCAAUAGAGAAUGUGUUCUCACCACGGGUUGGUUUUGGUGGAAACUGCUCCACGGGCAACACUCAUGCCAGCCAUGUUGCUUUGGCUGGCUUCAGCGUUGAGAGGUCAGAGAAGCAGAUUGAGCAUGACUUGAAAAGACUCUACAAGAUGCUCGCACGGUCGGACAAGUACCAAAAGUAUCGCGAGAAACAGCCCGUUAUGACGCCAAAAGAGUUGAUCGCUAAGGAGGAUGAGGAGAGGGCAAGAGGAAAGGAAGAGAGGGAGAAGGAGAAGGUUGUUUGGCCUGAGUUUUUGGAGAGGGCGUUUUGGAGAGCACUCGUCAAAUGGCCACCGAUGGGCCGCAAGAAGUACAUGCUCAACGGCGCACUACGAGGCCGCAACGAACUGGUUCAAGACUUCAUCGCCAGAGACACAGGCAUCAAGAGGGACCGAAAGCAAGUUUCUAGCCAUAUUCAAGUGCUCAAGCAGCUUCUGAGGGAUCAACCUGGCGUGCUUAUUCACAUGGCUACAUUGGGCAACGAGAGAAGACGCCAUCGCGGGAACGAAUCCUCGAGCGCAUAUCACUUGACCCACUGCCAUGCGCAGCCGCAACGUGGUGCUCCCGCUUCUAAUUACAGCGCAAACGUUGCGACUUGGCCUUACGCGCCAUCCUUGAACCUGGCUCCCAGUCCAAACAAGUUUUCCAUUACGCAUUUCGCCAUGGUUGUUGAGGAUGGAGAACACACCGUGUGUACCAUCUCAGAGCUACAUCCCAGUGGACGAUUGCCAGAUCUGGAGAUUGCAGAUUCGGCGGCCUGGCAAAUACAAUACCCCGAGUUCGACUUUCUGAGCCCGCAAAUACAGGAGUGGGCGAGACAGGAUGAGAAGAUUCUGGUGUGUGAUGCGAGUCUCAACACAGUGGUGGAGAAUCGAGCAAACGCACAACUCUCCAUCACUUUCGACCUGCACUCUCAGUGUGAUCUAUCCGGAUUUAAGGCGCUGCAGUGCUCUACACGGUUUUACGAUGACAUGGACACAACGCCUGACAACGGCUUGAGCAAGCAAAACACAUGUUGCGAAUUCGACCCCGAGAGUGGCAGCUUACAACUCGCCUUCGGCUCCGCGUUCUGGGUCGACCGUAUGAGCCAGUACCAGGCGAUGAGCGAAAGCGAAGUUGAUAGCUCAUUGAUGCAACUCACUGCUACGCAGAAUGUCUAUGGCAUCCAGCAAAGCUCUGGAAAAGUCGAGCGGAUUUUGACCAUACUCUGGCACUUCAGACAGACCUCAGAUACCACCGAAGUGGGCAGUGUGAAGUGGCGAGCCGUGACCUUCACGCCUGCUGAGCGAAAAUGGGAAGAGGAACCUCAGACAAUUGUCAGCCACCACGAAGACCUCGACCCAACUUCUACACCUGUACUCUACCAACAACUCCCCCUAGACUUCCCCACCCACUACGCCUACCCUGUUCAGCACCCCCACCCCCCGCAGCUAUCUCUCAACACUCUCGCAUCGAUGUGCGUACCAGACUUCGACCCCAACGCCUCCGCCGCACCAAGUACCGCAACCGACUACUCGCACCCAUCCCUCGCCCCCAGCACCGCAACAGACCACUCCUUUCCUUCAGAAAUAUACGACUUUAGUGCUCGCCACAUGGCCAUUUCAGGGCCUGAGGCCUUCGAACCGGUCAUAAACAUGGCAUCAUACGACAGUUUUGGCUCGCAUGCGCUCGCUGGGCAGGGAUUCGAACAAGACAGGUUUCCUGGGCUGGGCAUGGCAUGCAGUGUUGAUACGGGGUUGAUACAUGGCAGCGUGCCGGAUACACCGGAUUCGGCGUGCUACCCUGUGAAGGCUCCUUGGCUUCAGAUGGAUUUUUUGCCGCAAGUGUAUGGACAGGUGGUGCGUGGGGAUGGGGUGUAUCACGAUGAGGGGAUGGGUGGACAUGUGGAUGUGGAUUCUGGGCUUUGGAACUUGGCGAGUCCGUUUUAA